GUUUAGUCCACACGUGUCAAUAAACCCUAACUAAAACCCAUCUUUUCUCCUCGUUCUUUCUCUCGUCGACUCUUUUCUGUUUUCUGUUUUUCCUUCACAAAAUUCCAAUUCAGAAACUGGGAAACACAGAAAAUUAGAAUCGAAGAAGACAAUUACGAAAUUGAUGAAAGCUCUGUUACAAUAGAGCGCAGACGCGGAACUUCGAACACCGAAACGCCGACAAUUCAUCUUCUCUGAUAAACCCUAAUUUCGGUUUGCACAGUCUCGUAAUCGAGCUUGGCUGCAGAGAAGGAUGGCGAACGAAGUAGAAGAAGAAGAAAUGAAAAGGAUCGUGACUGAGACAGAAAAGACAUUCGCGAAGAACUUCAACAUAUUCGAUCUCCCCGACGUCGCUCCCGGACUUCCUCCGCAUCUGGAACUCCAGCGAACUCGUGUCUUCUGUAAAAACGACGCUCCUAUUCAUACUACGAGUGUCAGUUACUCGGGUGCCUAUAAUGCUGUGGGAGAGAACAACAGUGUGAAGCUAGAAAGCUUCUCUGAGAAUUUCAGAGUCGAAGUGAUUAGUACUUCACCAGACGGUAUGGAAUUGGAAUUCGAUAUGAUCGGUAUCGAUGCAGCAAUCGCCAAUGCUUUCCGAAGGAUCCUUCUAGCUGAGGUUCCUACAAUGGCCAUUGAAAAAGUGUUUGUAGCAAACAACACAUCGAUUGUUCAAGACGAAGUUCUUGCUCACAGGAUGGGUCUUAUUCCAAUCGUCGCAAACCCGAGGAUCUUUGAAUAUUUGUCCGAGAACGAUCAGCCUAAUGAAAAGAACACCAUUGUUUUCAAACUCCAUGCGAAAUGUGCAAAAGGUGAAGUACGUCGCAAAGUUUUAACGAACGAAUUGAUUUGGUUACCAAAUGGGAGUGAGUUGGUUAAAGAAUCGGGAGUUUCAACCUCAAAGCCUAAGACUUUCACUUCAUUCUGCCGAAGCCAAGACUCGUUCCCCGAAUUUGCUGAUAAUCCUAUCGCUCCGAGCUAUCCUGAUAUCUUGAUAGCAAAACUCGGCCCUGGUCAGGAAAUUGAGCUCGAGGCUCAUGCGGUUAAGGGCAUUGGUAAAACUCAUGCAAAGUGGUCACCAGUAGCGACUGCUUGGUAUCGAAUGCUUCCUGAGGUGAUUCUACAAAAGGAAUUUGAGGGUGAACAAGCUCAAAAACUCGUAAGAGCAUGCCCAGCGAAAGUUUUUGACAUUGAAGACAUGGGCAAUGGGAGGAAAAGGACAAAGGUAGCAAGGCCGCGUGACUGCACGUUGUGUAGGGAAUGCUUAAGAGAAGAAUUUGGAGAACCAAAACCAAAAGCAAAAGGAGAAGACAAAAGUAAAAGAGAAUGGAUAGACAAUGUGGCUCUGCGUCGUGUCAAGAACCAUUUUAUAUUUAAAAUUGAGUCAACUGGAUCACUGCCUCCGGAUGUUCUCUUCACUGAAGCUGUGAAGAUAUUGGAAGAUAAGUGUGAACGUGUAAUAGCUGAUCUCUCCUGAAAAGAGUUUUGAUUGGUUUAGCUCUCUCUACAGGCAUGGUUCUCGUUUAGUUCAAUUUUGUGUUUUGUAUCAAAGUUUAUCCUUAUUAAAAGACGAACGUUGAAUUUAAAUUAUACUUUGUAGUUUUGAUUGAUUCGAUAACAGUUAAAACAAAGGUACUAGCUGGUUCAGCUUGGAAAUUUGUUUCGGUUAAUUGGUUUCAAAUCGAUUAAUAAGAAGGAAAAUAAACUCG